UGGUCUAAAUUAUUGUGUCUAACAUUAAUACAUCUGUACAUAAUGGGUGUUUCUCAUUUUUAGUUGGCAGCACUUAAUGAUGCCAAAAUUAUUUUUGAUAAACAAAUCUGGAUUUAUUUUUGGCCAGGAAGAGACAACAAGGAAUGUCGCGAAAAAUAAUUUUUGACGCUCACAUUCAUGAUUACCUUACGAAGAUAUGGUUGAGCUAGAUCUAGACAUAGAUCUACUAUCAUCUACAUCUAGAUCUAGUACUCUAGGUCUAGAUCUAUUCUUAGAAUCUAGUGCUGUCUAAAGAAUGAAUGUAAGAUAUUUCUUUGAUGUGCUAAUGAUGCAGAGUAUCCUCAAUAUAUAGCAACUCUUCUGUACUUAGUGAAUGAAUUGGAAAGCAUGAAGGAAGAUGUUUACUCUCAUCUCAAAUAUCAUUGACUACUUCAUCCCUGAGGAGAGGUCUGGAACCAUCACUGAAUGUAAUAGUGACAAUCUACUUGACAAACAGCAUGAUGAUAACUCCCCAUUUCUGUUUGGGUACAACGAAGUGACCAACAUUCGUAGUGUUUCUGGUAAAGUUACACAUGUAUUUCAUGGUCAUGGAUUGAUAGACAAAGAUAUUUAUUUCUCAAAAGCAGAUCUGCCCACAGAUGUCAAACUAGAGGUUGGAGAUGAGGUCCUAGUAAAGGCUGUUCAGUAUAGCCAAGAUGGAGGCUGGUAUGCCGAAAGUGUCACUGUCAUCAGCCAGACUUGGGAGAAUGAAGAGAAGAAAGAUGAGGGUAUUGAUGUGAACAUCCUUCGAGAUAAAGUUGUUCUUGGCAAGGUCACAAGCUUUCAAGGCAGGAGUGGGAAAAUAAAUGACACCAUAGAUUUUAAUGUUGAGAGCUGUAAAGAUGGCUUUGUACCAAUGAAAGGAGAUUGGGUUUCAUCCUACAUACAGAUGGAUGCAGUGGAAGAGAAUGGUGUUAAAGAUGAAUGGGAUAGUAGCCCUAGUUUGAUAGGUAAAACAGCUUUAGGUAUUAGACCAACAAGACAAUUUGAUAUCGAAGGCACAGUUACAGCUCUUCGAGAUAAUCAUGGAUAUGUCAAUGAAGAGAUAUUUUUUGACAAGAGUGUAUGUGUGAAUGGUUUCUGGCCCAGAAAAAAUGCUCCAGUAAAAGUUAUUGCAAUAGAAAGUUCAGUUGGCAGACGAUGUGAGAAGAGAGCCAUUAGUUUGGUUCCUUUAAGUGCAUCAAAUAAAUACAGUACGAAAGCCAAUGAAAACCAAAAGUCAAUGUCACAGAUAAAUGAUAAAUGGUAUUUUCCUGGCCAAAGGCCCAAAAGAUUUCAGCCACCAGUUCAACUUCCAGUUAAACUUCCACAUUACAGUGUUCCUGAAAAAGUAUAUAGUGCAGUGGUAGAAGGUGAAGAAUUGACUUCUACUUUCCCAUGUCUUUCACAGGAAUUAUCCUUUCAAAACUAUGUCAGCCGAAUGUCAACUCUUCUUUAUUUUGAAGAGAUUCAGAUGCAUCUAGACAUUCAAGAAUUCAAUAUGACCCGGGUUGUUCUCCAUCCAGCUGGGGAAUACUUGGCUCUCACUGUCCCUGGUCUAGCUGAAGGAAGGCCAUCUCUUCUCAUUGGAGACAAAAUAAUUCUUACCCCUCCUUCUGAUCCAGAUGGCCCACGCUAUGAAGGAUUUAUCCAUGAAAUGACUAGUACUGAUGUUCUCUUGAAGUUUUACCCAGAAUUUCAUUGUCGAUACAAUGGAGAAGAUUUCAAUGUUGAAUUUACAUUUCGAAGGAUUCCAAUACGUAGAUCUCACCAAGCAGUGUCAUUAGCUGUUCAACAUUUAACAUCCAAUGUGUUGUUCCCCAAUCAGGUCGACCUUAAAGAGCCUCAGGUAAAGGUAGAUGAAAUCGCUUACAGUGUUAAGCCAGAUGAGACACAGACGACAUUCAAAAGUCAAGAUAUCAGAAAUCAGAAGCCAUCAUAUUCUGAGAACAGAAAAACCUUAUGUUAUUUUAAUAAGCUGCUGAAUGAUAGACAGAAGACAGCGGUCAGAAAGAUAUUAUUAGGUCAAUGUAGACCCACACCUUACAUCAUAUUUGGACCUCCUGGAACUGGUAAAACAAUCACAGUGGUGGAAGCCAUACUACAAAUCUAUACACACAUUCCGUCCAGCAGAAUAGUAGUCUGCACACCUUCCAACAGUGCUGCUGAUCUUAUUAUGGAGCGGUUGCAUCUAAGUAAUGUGUUAGAGCCAACACAAAUAGUUCGACUCAAUUCUCAUCAGAGAUCAUUGGAAAACAUUCCAGAAAGCAUUCUAAAGUAUUGUCAAUUUGGUGAUGACCUUGAUAUGAUAUCUCGGUACCGUGUCAUAGUCAGCACCUGCAUAAUGGCUGGUGGCAUGUAUGGCCUUAGAAUUAGAUCAGGUCACUUCACUCACAUCUUUGUUGACGAGAGUGGCCAAGCUACUGAACCUGAAUGCUUGACUCCUAUAGGUCUUAUAGCUGGCAAUUUAAAUGGACAGAUUGUUCUUGCUGGAGAUCCAAAGCAACUGGGUCCAAUCAUUAUGUCACCAUACGCUAAAAUGUAUGGUCUGGAGCUUUCAUUGUUGGAGCGCCUCAUGAACAGAGAUGUUUACCAGAGAGAUGAAGACUCUGCUGAAGAACAUGAAGGAUUUGAUCCCAAUCUGGUGACCAUGCUUAUCUAUAAUUAUCGAUCACAUCCUGGGAUUUUAGACUUACCUUCAAGACUCUUCUACUACAGCCAGUUACAGCCAUUGGCAGAUCCAGCUCUCACUCACAGGUUGUCCCAAUGGAAAGAAUUACCAAAGUCUGGCUUCCCUGUUAUAUUUCAUGGACUUCGAGGACUAGAUCUAAGGGAGACAAAUAGCCCAUCCUGGUUUAAUCCAGGGGAGAUCAUGCAAGUUAUUAUUUACCUUCAAGGGGUGCUCAAAGAGAACAUAAAACCUGAAGACAUUGGAGUUAUAACUCCAUAUAAGAAACAGGUUGAAAAAAUAAGGUUUAUGAUCGACAAUCUUGGUCUGCCAGAAAUAAAAGUUGGUUCAGUUGAAGAAUUUCAAGGUCAGGAGCAACAAGUGAUUAUUCUUUCAUGUGUGAGGUCCAAUGAGAAAUUAAUUGGUGCUGACAUUCGGCAUUCCUUGGGUUUUCUCUGUAAUCCAAAGAGACUGAAUGUGUCAAUAACAAGAGCCAUUAGUUUGUUGAUCAUUGUUGGAAACCCAUAUGUUUUAGUCCAGGAUCAUCAUUGGAAUCAGCUCAUUCAGUAUUGUAAAGAUAAUGGAGGCUAUAUUGAAUCCACUCAGACAAAAAAUGAAUGAUCAUACUCUGCAAAUGAAUUUUAGUGUCAACAUUUUAUUUUAAAGCUAAAAAAAAGAUGUUUAAAAUGUAUGUACAUAUUAAGUUUAUUAAAUAUUUCUUAUGUUACACUGUUUAUUAAAUAAUGUAAAUGUUUACA